AAAGAUUCUGUUUUAUAGGCGAAAUAAAAUGAUUUACUCAUGAUUAUUAUUUGGAAAAGUGUUGUGAAAAUAAAUUACUAAAUUUGGAAAGGAAUCGGAUUAAAAUAUUUCACAGGAGGAAAAGAUUUUCAUGGUUGGGACACAGAAAGUGCCACGUUAUGAUUGUACUUUAACCCUCAGUCCUUUACAUCAUGGGUUAUGACUUGCAGCGUUUUGUCGGAGACGUGGACGAGGAAUUGAUAUGUCUAAUUUGCUCCGGAGUCCUUGAAGACCCCCUGCAGACUUCUGCAUGCGAGCACGCCUUCUGCAGGAGUUGCAUCACAGAAUGGAUGUCCAGGGAACCCAUUUGUCCAGUCGACAGACAACCGUUGACAACUGCAAAUUUAAGAUCUGUCCCUAGAAUUAUGCGAAACUUGUUAUCGAGGUUGUGUUUGUCCUGUGAGAAUACAACACACGGUUGUACUACGGUUGUAAAAUUGGAUUGUUUAUCCACGCAUUUGUUGCAAUGUGAGUUCAAUCCCAAAAGACUUUGUCCUUGUGACCAGGGUUGUGGACUCGUGAUACCCAAGGAUGAGCUGAGAGAGCACAAUUGUGUCCGGGAGCUCCGGAGUCAGAUGAAUGCACAACAGAAUAAAAUCCAGGAGCUCAAACAAGACCUGUCGGAGCACUCUGUCACCAUAGAUGAACUCAAACGCGAAGUCCACUUACUCAAAGACUUCAUACGUGCUAUGAGAGUCUCCAACCCUGCAAUGCGUGCCAUUGCUGACCAGAUGGAGCACGCAGAAGUCGAACGCUGGAGCUCCACCCUCCAACGUGCCAGGGUCACCAGAUGGGGCGGCAUGAUAUCCACACCAGACGAGGUUUUGAGGAUGAUGAUUAAAAGAGCUGUGAGCGAAUCAGGUUGCCCUCCUCAUAUUUUAGAUGAGCUGAUGGAGAAUUGUCAUGAGCGUAGAUGGCCGCCUGGUUUGUUUAAUUUGGAAACCAGACAGAGCAACAGGAGGCUUUACGAGAGUUACAUUUGUAAAAGGGUUCCUGGAAAACAGGCUGUACUGGUUUUGCAUUGUGAUAACUCGCAUAUGAGCAGUGAGAUGAUGAUCGAACCGGGUUUGGUCAUGAUUUUUGCACAUGGUGUCGAGUAGAAGGAAAUUAAUAUAAGAUUUUUUAUUUGUACAUUUAUAUAUUUGUAAGCUGAUAAUAUAAUUUUGUACCUAAGGUAGUUAAAUAGAUUUUGUACGACAAAUGUCCAAGAUAAAAUUUGUGAUUUGGAGAUAAAUAUUUUGUCUGAUUGAAUUAGAUAAUUUUCUCAUACGAUCUCAAAACAUUUUAUCACAUAAAUAUAUAUAAUAAUAUGUUGUCAAAUAUCUCCCU